UUUUUUUUUUUUUUUUAAUUGAAAAUAUUUCGUCUAUAUUUAAUAUACGUAUUUAUCCCGGGAUGAGUUGUGAACAUUUUCUCGAUAAUAUUUUAUUUAUUUAACCGUCGAUUAAUUAUGUCGAGUUAAUUAUGAAGGUUAUGUCAUUUUUUUAUCCAUAUACGAGGUGUUAAUACAAUAUUAGGGGAAUUGACGUAUAAAAAUAUAUCGCCUCGUUUAAUGAAUUAUGAACAAUUUAAGUUUGUUAAAAGGAGAUAGAGCUCUCUUCGUCUGACAUAAACGCUUAUAACUCGAUAAAUAAAUGAUCAACAUUUUUGUAUCGUUUUGCCAUCUUUCUUUCUACCACGAAUAUAUUAACACCCUGUAUAUAGAUAUUUUUCUGAAUUGCAUUUACGGAUACUAUUUCUGUGGUUCGGCUGGUAAAACCUGAUAUAUCGUAUUUUUCUAAUUUUACACUACAACGAUUUUAACGUUUGUCCAGUUGUGAAAAAUCACAAUAUUUUUAAAAACUACAGUUACUUCUUCCGGUUUUGUAGUUAAAUUACGCGAUGUACAUUUCCAUAUCUCAGUUUUGAGGAAAAAAUUACACCGAUAAUAAUAAUAAUUAAAAUUACAAAAUCGAAUUUUUCAUAUACAUCCACUUUCCUCCGCGUUCUAAAAAGAUACGUUCGUUUAUUUCAUUUAAAUCUUUUUCUUUUUGUCGUCACAAAGUGAACACUCGACUCAAAAAUGACGUAGCCUCCGUUAAAUCUCGAAUUUUUCCAUCGUAAUUCCCCCAUUGUCUUCCCUCCACGAAAUCGUAAUUUCAGUUUUAAUCGUGAACCAAAUUACUCGCCGGAUAAUCUCGGUCUCCGAGACCGUCCUUGCAGAUCGAACUUGCAGAUUGCAGAGGCAGAGUUAGAUAGAAAUUUUCUUAAGAGAGAACGAAAUAAGUACAAGAACAGUAGUGCCAUGGAACGUCGCGCAUCAUAUCGUUUUUUUUAAUCCCCCUUCAUUCCUAAACGUUUCAUUCUUCUUUUUCUCGGUCGCUAAGCUGGAAUCUUAGUGGGAAGAGGCUACUCGUUCCUCGAUAUCUUGCUUUUUUUUUCUUUUUUUCUUUCCCUCCUCUCUCUUUCCGUCUCUCGAGCUCGAAUUCGAGCGGAGAAACCCUUUGAGGGUGGCAGCGAGGAUCUUUGUCGACCUCGCAGCCUCUUCUUAACCCGAGUGCAUUUCUUUCGGUCCAUCCCUCUCGAUUUCGACGAGAAAUCGUCCGCUGGUCUACCUGUGGACCAUGAUCGUUUCCUCUUAUUCCUUUUGCAAUAUCCUCGUCGCGUGUUUUAGUCACGGGAAUAAAUCCACCGCUGGUCGAACGAUCCACCAUCGUGGAUUCCUUUUAAUAAAAAAAAAAAAAAAAAGAAAGAAAUAAAAAAAGACGGGAUAGACUUUCGAGAUUCGAAAGAAAAUUUCAUCUUCUCUUCUCAAGAGAAACUGAAUUUCUGCGGUAUCGUCGAAGAAGCAGAAAAGAGGCUCCUCUCGCCUCCUUUUAAACCGAGCGACCGACUUUCGACUUUCGAAGCUUUUCUCGCCCGCGACGAGGCGUUUAAAGGGAUAGAGUAAUUCGGCUAGCCGACAAAAGUGAAAUUUCUCGGCUAGAACUCGGCUUUAAAGGGUUAGCUAUCUUCUUUCGAUCCGCGCGAAUGAUUGAAAUUCUCCUUUCUCUCGUAAAUCUAUACUUGGACGCCUUAAAAAUGUGAUGGAUACGAUUCAUUUAAAAUCGAAAUAAUUAAUGAUCGUUUUUAUUCGUAGAUGAGAUGUUACAACAGGUGUCCAACAAGAAUAUUUGUUAUAGUUUAAUGAAAAUAGUUUGUUAUUAACAAUUCAUUCGACUCAAUUUAAUUUUUUGUUCUUCAAAAGAUUAAAUUCUUCGAUUUCGUUGGAAUACAUUAAUAAUUUUAGCUUAAGAGAAACGAAAAAAAUAUAUUAUUUUAAUCUUAACAAAAAGCUUUAUUAUUACGUAUUAAUUUUUAAAUAUAUUAGUCCAAAACAAAAUUCUUUUCUUUUUUUUUUUUAGAACAAUCUUCCAUCCCGUAGCGAUCCAUUUUUCAAAUCUACUUUUAAAAAAUCUACAAAUUUUGAAUUAUAUAGAUAAAGAAUAAUAGGUUUCUUUCCAGUCCCCUUAAUACAUAUGUGAAUAUAUAAUGUGUCGUUUGAAUUAAUUGACUAAAUAAAAAAAUAAUAAAAAAAAAAUACGUAUGUAUAAAUCUGAUAAAAAUAACGAAAAUUGCGUGUAUCGAGGAUGGCAAUUAUAUUUACUAACGAAUUUGAUCGGAAUCGUGGUUUUGUUCCCAGACGUGGAAACACGUAGCUCGAGCAACGGGGCUUCUUACUUUCGCACGAUAGAUCGCGAGGGAAAUGUAAAAAGGAAAAGAAAAAAGAAAAAUGUAAAAAGUCAAGUAUCGACCGCGGGAAAAUGGGAAAUUAAAAACGUGUACCACGCAGCAGACCUCUCUUUCCUUUUACUAGUCCGGUUAGGAAGCUAACGGAAGUUUUUCUACCGUCGUGUUGUGUGUGUGCACGUGUGUUCGAGCGUGCGUGUGUUGCGUAUGAGUAACGGUGAAGUUGUAACACCGUCCUCUUAUCGCAACAGAUUUAUCGAUUUGGCCGUUUACACGCCGUUCAGUUUUUGCUUGAACCGCGAGAAACGUUAACCUGUCGUUGAAUUUAGAAUCGGGCCUGGCUUAGACCGUUAAACAAACUUUAAUUUGUUCUACUCGGUAUAAUUACAAUCGGUAAGAAUAAUCGACGCAUGCGUGAUCUGUAAUUAUGUUGAUGCGCAUUUAACUCGCGCAUCGUAUUUUAUGGCAUCCUUCUCUAGUUAAUUACGUCGAAGUAAGUUGAUACUUUUCGCCAAUUUUGAAGUAACGUAAAUGCGUCGCGACAAAUAUUAAAUAGUUAUUGUAACUUUGUGUUUAUACGUAUCGUGGUGGUAUUAUACAGGGCAAAGAGGAUGAAAGUUAUGCGCAAAGAGGCACGAGGUGAUUUCUCAUGGAAAGAUAAGAGGAAUAUAUGGAAAGCAAUUUUUUCGUUUGAGGGGAAACACGUGAGACUCAGCAUCGUCAGGGACAAUCGUAAUCGAGGUGGACGUUCAAACUCGCGCGUAAAUGCUUCGAAGGCCAUCGUCUUGGAACCAUUCGUCCGGUUGACAGGGAGCCGGGUUGGUUUCACUUCGAGAACGAGCCCAAAGACUGACUCUGCAUCGACCAAUACCUAGUGGGGGAAGAAGGAAGGCCGAGAGGGAUUAAGGUGAGGCGAAGAGGAACGAACGGAUCUAAGCGGCGAACGGUUGGUUGAAUUGCCAGGUCCGCGCAUGCUUCAGCAACGAGGCAGUUCAGUAACGACACCUCCCGCGACGUCAUCCUCCAACAUGUUCCCUCAACAGUAUUGCCUACGAUGGAAAUACCAUCACAGCAAUCUACAGACCAUGUUCUCACAGCUGCUCGAGCGGCAAGCUUAUUGCGACGUCACUCUGGCCUGCGAGGGCAAAACUCUCAGAGCGCACAAGGUGGUUCUGUCAGCGUGCAGCACGUACUUCGACACGAUUUUGUCCCAGUACGAGGAGAAGGACCCCAUUGUCAUAAUGCGGGACGUCAAGUUCUCAGACAUCAAAGUGCUGGUCGAGUUCAUGUACAAGGGAGAGAUUAACAUCGACCAUACGAGAUUGUCGUCCCUGUUGAAAACCGCGGAGGAUUUGCACAUCAAGGGUUUGGCCGAGGUAAGCUGGCGUAGCGAUUCGACGCAAAAUGAUCUAGGAAAUAGCGGUCACAGUCCUGGGGCGGCGACUCCAGGUGUCGAGACGGUCCUCAGGGAAGGAGACGCUGACGAACCGCCACCUCCGAAGCAGAGACGCAGAGGGCGCCCGCCUCUGGACGAUCCACCCUCGUCUCAUGAUGUCUUCACACCGAAAAUCACAUGCAUCACCGGAAAUGUACGUCAAUCACCGAGAGAUUUCUUUGACGCGCCCGUUCAAACCUCCUCGAUUUCCCAGGAGGAAAUGAUGAGCGAAGGCGGUGACCACGAGAGUUGGGACGACGAGAUGAUGAUGAACGAAAAUAACGAAACGCCACUGCCGGUGCUAUCGUACAUGUCCAAGGAUGACAACGCGUCCGACCAGGAAAAGAAAGCGCCUACCACUCCCUCGAAUUCCAACGCCACGAAUCCAUCGAUCCCCGAGCAAUUCCGAGACGUCGUGAAGAUGAACGAUUACCUGACGACGGGACGCCGCCAAGAGUUCUGGGAGGAGCCGUUCACGCGACGCGUUAUGGAUGCCAUUAAGAGCAAAGAACUGGAAAUGAAGACUGCCGCCGAGAUACUUGGCGUGUCCUACGGAACCCUCUAUGGCAGAUAUCGCGACAGUUAUGGUUGCCUUAAACAUCCGUAUAGAGUAAGGGACUUUUGGUCAGAGCCGGGGCCAGCGGAAGUGUUAGCCAAACUACGAAGAAAGGAGAUCACGUUGUUCCGUGCAGCCGAGUUCCUUAAUGUGACCGUCCACACGUUGGCAACUUAUCUGUCGACGCUACAAGGCCCGGACAGAAUCUCGUUGGCCGGCGACUUGAGCGUUGCGUCGGGCGCGAUCGACGGUAACAACGAGACGCCCGAGAACAACGAGUCCGUGAACGAUAUCUUGCAAAAGAUCAACGCGAACGCGGCCACCACAGCGACACCGACUACCUCGACACCUAUCAAGAGAGAAGGAGGCGGAUACAUCGAGGUGCCGACGCCCGUCCCGAAACCAGCGACCUCUGUACUCGAGAACAAUCCGGACAUCACGAUCGUGAAGACAGAGAGCAUGCCUCGCAAACGGGAGUACGCGAAAGUCUCGAACACGGAGAACAACAACGCGAAACUGAUGAGUGGUGGCGCUGUGAGCGAGGUGACGCAGCAACAGCAGCAGCAGCAGCAGCAGCAGCAAAAGAUCACCGAUCCGUUGUCGUUGAACAACGACAACAGCAAACCCUAACUAUUCAGGCCUUAUCUGCAACCGGCAAAUCCCCGUGCACCGAGCGCUAACUACAGAUCCGAUCUGUGCCCUCGAAGAUUCUAUUCGAACGUGUUUACUCGCUUCCUUACGAAUUUUCAUUUGAAAUAGAAGAUGGUGAAACGCGUUGCGCUGUCCAUGUAAUUAUUUGUCCGUCGUGAUGUAUGUGUCGUCGUCGCAGUUUUGCCCUUCCUUUCGUUGUGGCGCUCCACACGAGCCAGCCAUUUAUUGUAGCUUUAGACAAUCUCGCGUGUACGACCGUGCCGUCAUCGUGGCACAGGCUGGAGUCGCGUCCACGUUGGGCAAAACUGGGCUGCGAGUAAACUGGAAUAAACGAGGGAAUAACGACGGAUCUAAACGGCGGGCCGACAUAUUUGUCGACGAUAACCUUGCGAAGCGAGGAUUUGUGUUCGGUGAUCCUGCCUUUCUCCGGGAUCCGGCUCGAUUCUAUCCCGUUGCACGAAAGCAACGCCAGCCGCGUAUAUUUUCCGAAUGAAACGAACAGAGUGCGUCGAACUAGAGAACGAUUCCUUCUUAAGAAUUAGUACCUAGCGAUACGGUUCUUCGUUACUUCAAAAUUGGUUCGCUUAAUCCAAAGUCGGUAGCGAUUAUUGAUCGUGUUUGGCCUUCGUGACAAGGAACAAACAAAGAAGAAAGGGAAAAACAAAAAGGAAGAAAAGAAAUGAAUGAAAGAAAGAAAGAAAGAAAGAAAGAAAGAAAGAAAGAAACGUGUAAUAAAGUUCAAUCGAAGUUCCUUUUGAAUAACGAUGUAGGGUGUAUCGCGAAAAGAAUGCCUAGACUAUUUUCUGCCGCAUGUGUCUGUAUGGUAGCACGUAAAGAGCGACAAUAUUAUUCACCCGUAGACCCAUCAGUAUAGUGAUCCCAGAGUAACAGUCCUUCGAGAAUAGAUAUGUUUCUCGUGCGGUUGUCGUUUCAAACAAAUAUUGCACGAGCGUAUAUUUCAGCGGUAUAUGAAAAUACACUUUUGCAACGGGAGCCUUAAAUCCUUUGAGUGCUAAAAACAUUUUACAUAAUGCGAUUUAUGCCGCAAGAUUAAUCAUUAGGUAUAUAUUGUACAUCGAUCAUUUUUUCAAAGCAUAUCGCACGAUGUCCGAAUUUAUCUUUUGUUUCGAUCGGUGUGAUUUGUCAGUCUCAAGGGAUUCAUCCGCGGAGACGAUCUUUUCCUCGCUAGGAAUCCUCGAUUUUACAACAACGUAUAACGUUGAAACGCGGAAAAUUCAAUUUGCGCAAAAAAAUAAUGUAAUCAGUACAAUUCUAUUUUCUUUUUUUCUUUCGCUCACUUUCUAUCUCUACUUUUCUCUCUGUCUCCCUUUCACUCUGUUUUUAAAACAGUAUAAUAUAGAAUUUAUAUAUUGCACUUAUAUAGAUGAUAUUUUUUUAGAAAAAAAUUCGUUUAAGCGUAUACGCGAGCUUUCUUUCCUCCUUUUUUGUUUUUUUUUUUUAAUUUUUUAUUUCUUUUUUUUUUUUUUUAUGUAUAUACAUAUUACGUUGUUGAUAUUUUAAGUGGCUUUUAUACAAGCAAUUGCUGAUCGAUAUCAAAGAUCGCUUUAAAAGAAGAUACACGUAUAACGUCCAUUGUAAAUAUUGGUGCAAUAGCAAGACCUAAAAUUAAUCUUAUUUGUCACAGAGUGCGUUUAAUCGCUAUUUUAAAGAAAGAAAAAAAAAUGCAAAGACAAAGGUGAAACGAAGAAAGGACAUACAGUUUUUGUGUCGUGCAAUUGUGUUCGUAUCUUCUGGCCGUAAAAGUGAGGUUAGAAGACACGAAAGGGAAUUAAAAAAAAAAAGUCGAGGGAAGAUAAUUCAAAAGAUAUAUCCAUGUGACGAUUCCCGUUAAUCAAUCGAUAAUGCCUUGUUGGUGCGUACCAACUUGCAAAAUUUACGUUUAAAUUUUACUUUCAUAAAAAAUUGUUCGAGGCAUAGUUGUUUAUGUCGUGUCUAAGCGAGAUUAGACGUGAAACGAAAAAUUAAGUCGCACGCGCGCAAUAUUAAACCGUACUCCACGAGAUAUUUCAACUGGAAAAACUUUGAGUAUUCCUGUUCGCUGAAGGUAACGAAGCAAAACAAAACAAACAAACAAAAAAACACUAAGUAAGAAGUAAUAGUAUAGUAGAGGUAUUCUCGAUAUGAUAUUUUUCGACGAUAUAAGACUUAGUUACGUUGAGAGGACUCAUGCAGAGAGGGUACUUGUAAAGUAAUCCAGAGGAAAAUGGUGUAUUUGUGAAAAACCGGACGCACACAAAGGAAGAACACACAGUGUCGUAGAGAAGGGUAGUAAUGAGGAGAGAUCGAAAUGAUUAAAAAAAAAAAAAGUGGUAUUGUGAAGUGUGUACAUACAGAAGCGUAGGUUAAAAUAGAACGAUAAAAAGCGUGAAAAUGUGAACACGCAAAAAUAUUAUACAUAUACAUAUAUACAUAUAUCUCUUUUUCUCUAGAGGAAAUUCUAAAAUCGACUGACUAUUAAUGAUAAAGAUGUUCUUUAAACGAUAAACUGCUCCAUGAGCAAAGGAAAAAUAGCGUUAUAUUUUGCGUUUUUUGAUUUCUUUCUUUUUUUUUUUUUUUUCUUUCUCUUUGUUUUUAUUAAAUAUUUGUUUAUCGCAGUCGGACCUAAGAACAAAGAAUAAUCUUUUUGAUUACUUUACGAGUGCUCUGGACCGACUAUUUUACCAUGUAUAAGUAUCAUUUUAUACGAUAACUUUGCACCGUUCGAUAUUUUAGUCGUAGAUUAUUAUUAGGACACUGUUGAUGAUAUAGAUCUGUGUGUUCAUUCUUUCACUCAUUAAUUUAACUAUUUUCAAAUUUCAUUAUAAAAUAUAUCUCUUUCACUCCUUCUCUCUUUCACUUCCUUCUCUCACUCUGUCGUUCAUUACUAUUAUAAUUAAUUAUUAUUAUUAAUAUUUUUUAUUAUUAUUAAUAUUUUUAUUAUUAUUAUUAUUAUUAUCAUCAUCAUCAUCAUCAUCAUUAUCGUUAUCAUUAUCAUCAUUAUCAUUAUCAUUAUUAUCAUUAUCAUCAUCAUUAUUAUUAUUAUCAUCAUUGUCAUUGUCAUUGUCAUUGUCAUUGUCAUUGCUAUUGCCAUUGCCAUUGCCUUUGCCAUUUUCAUUGUCAUUGUCAUUGUCAUUACAAUUAUUAUAUUAUUAUUAUUAUUAUAAUAUUUUUAUUAUUAUUGCUAUUAUUACUAUUAUUAUUAUUAUUAAUAUCAUCAUCAUCAUCAUCAUCAUCAUUAUUAUCAUUAUUAUCAUCAUUAUUAUCAUUAUUAUUAUCAUUAUUAUCAUCAUCGUCAUCAUCAUCGUCCUCAUUAUUAUUAUUUUUAUUUUUAUUGUUAUUAUUAUUAUUGUUAUUAUUUCUUUUUUUAAGUAAAGUAAGACUAAGACAUACCAAAUGAGAAAUAUAAGGACAAGUUUUGUUAGGUUAGUACUAUCGCAUAUCAAGAACGCAAGAAUACAUGCGCCUGAAGCACUCUGUAUUGCCUAUGCACGUCCCGGUGAAACGUAUCUGGGGCGCACAAGACCACUUUUACUCUAGCAAGAGUAUACGACUAGAAGUAUUAAUAUUUAAUAUUAAUAAUCAACGCGGAUUGUCCAGAAUGGAUGGUCAUGUUUUUGAGGAUCAACAUCGAGCCAUUUUGAACAAAAAGGAACAAACGAAUUUAAAAAAGAAGACGAACGAAAGAAAAAAAAAAAAAAAAAGAAAAGUGUAACAUAAAGAGGAAAUUUGACUUUUUUUUUUCAUUUUUCGGUCAUUCGUUGUUUUUGUUUCGUUUUUAUUUUUUUGUUUUUUAUCGGCCAAUUGAUCCUUAGAAAAAUUUCCUAUUUUUCUACCGUCCAUAAGGACUCCAAGUUUAACAUUAGUCUUUUCCUUUUCUUUUCGCAACGUCGCCUUUUUUUUUCCUCCUUUUUAUGCAAGACAUUUUUUUUUUUAAGCGAAUCUUCUUCCUCGCGAGAGUACAAAUUGCAUGGGACUUUUGUUAACCCUGUUGGUGCCAUAAACAUUUUUCAAAAUAUUUGAUUUUAUCCUGCGCAUAACUUGAAACGAUUAUACACGUUUCAUGAUACAUACAUAUUUGUAUGUACAUCGCGUCGGUAUUUCCCUAUUUGCUUUUGGGCACCAAAACGGUUAACGAUUAUCUUUGUACGAUUUAUUAAACGAAAUUAUCGAUUCGUUUAACAUAAUAUACAUUAUAUUUCAUAUUUUUUUCUCAUUUUUUUUUUUUUUUUUUUUUUUUAAACGAAGAGAUCGCGCGUAUGCCAAACCGUACGUCUCAAAGACUGAUGGCCAUUCAUUUGGAAGUUCUUGUAAUGGUAAUCUCACGCCGCGCGACCUUGUGACCGUAACAAGAUCGCCGGACUACAUCGACAUUGUAUGGGAAGACGGGACAAGACUAGCCUAUUAUUGGCGAACGAUGCCCGAUCGCCGUGUGCAUCGUACAAUGAGACUAAAAAAAUUGAUAUCAUAAUUAUGUGUCGUUUGAUAUAAACGAGUAAUGAAUAUAGUAUGUAUCAUCGUUUUAUACACAACUUAAUUAUAUCUACGUACACUAUGUACAUUCCUAGUAUACACUAUGUCACUGUCACAUACAUUGCAUUACACGCGCAUUACAAAAGAUUUAAAAAAAAAAAAACGCAUGGACCUAUUGUAUACGUGUACGCGCGUGUGCAUUCGCACGCAGGAUAAGCGUGUACGCGUGCGCAUGCACGGACGCGCACGCAGAGACACAUACACAUAUGAAUAUAUUUAUAAUAAUUAUAUAGCUAUUCCAAAACGGACCACCGCGACAUCGACGUACGAAGAUCACUUAAAAUUACUACAAAAUACAAACGCGAUAGGAGAAAUGGAAGAAAAAUAAAAAAACAAAAAAAAUAAUAAUGGAAGUCGGGGAAAAAGAAAUAUGAGAAAUCCUAAUCGGCGAUUAAAAUGCGUAUUAAAAAAAAAAAAUAACGAUCGUCGGUUAAAUUAAUCAGCGUUACAUUUCGUUGUUAAGAGAACAGCAUCGCCGUUAUCAGUGUCUCAUGUAUAACAACGUAAUCGAGUCUCUGUCAAUUUUCAAUACUCGAGAAUUUCCGAGUGUAUACGUAAUAUACAGGAAAGUACGAAGAAAAAACAAAAUAUAAUAAAACACGCAUGUAUAGCAAAAAAAAAAAAAAAAGGUUGUUACACUUGAGCACAAUAGAGAGAACAAAGUAUAUGAGUAUAGUUUUACACGAAGGCUUUAUCGCCCAUUUAAUUUUAUACUUGAGACACGAAGAAAAAGGCUGAAACGGUUAGACGAUAAAAACAAUUCGAAACCCCUCAGUUCUGCGUUCUCGUUCUUUCUCUCUUUCCGCUGUCCGUGAGAAAUGAAAAGUAAAAAAAAAAAAAAAAAAGAACAAAACGAAACAAAA